AUGGGACAGCUGCUGGUGGACAGUGAUGAUCAGUUUCACGUUGUUGGUCCAGCCAGUCCUCUUGUUGCUAUAGCUGGUGAAGACCUGAUUCUGUCCUGUUCUCUCAAACCCAACAUCAGUGCUGUGGACAUGACAGUGGAGUGGAGUAGACUCCAUGGAUCAGACACUCUAGUGCAUCUGUACACAGACCAUGAAGACAGAAAUGAGGAACAGAUUGAGUCCUAUAGAGGGAGGACAGCACUGUUUAAAGAGGAACUGCAGAAAGGCAACACUUCAUUAAAACUCUCCAGAGUGAGAGUCUCUGAUGAAGGAGAAUAUAAAUGUUUCAUUGAUAACAAAAGCUGGCAGGAUGAUGUGACUGUUGAAGUCAUAGUUGAAGCUGUAGGAACCCACCCAGUGAUCUCUAUGGAGGGCUAUGAUCAUUCAGGAAGACUGAGUCUACUGUGUGAAACUAAAGGUUGGAACCCUGAGCCUAAAGUUUUGUGGCUGGACAGUGAAGGAGAGAUUCUCCCUGCUGAGAAUACAGAGACAGACAGACACACAGAGGGUUUCUGUGUGAAACAACGUGUUAUUGUACAGGACAGUAACACCAACAGAUUCUUCUGUAGAGUAAUAAUGAGAGACCACAUGAAGGAGGCAGAGAUUUUCAUCCCAAGUAAAGUUUUUCACACGUGGAAGACUGCUGUCACCUGGAUUUCACUUCUCUCCAUAUUCUUUGUCAUCAGCCUCAUCACGCUGGCUGUCUGCAUCUUUAAAUUUAAAGUGCCACCCUCCCUCCCGACCUGUCGUGUCCAGGGUUCUCUGGAUGUAGGCAGUGAUGUUAUGCUGAUGUGUGGAUCAGAGGAGGGCAUUCCCACGCCCACCUAUGCCUGGGAGAAAUUGGAGUCCGUUCCCAAGCUCCCCCACAACGCCAUGCAAGAUCAGAUGCUUGGAACAGUGAUGCUCAGAAACAUCAGCACUGGCACGUCUGGUCUCUACCAGUGUACAGCCUCCAACGCCAUCGGAAAGAGCACCUGCCUACUUAACCUGCAAGUCAUAGCGCCCCAGCCGCAGAGCGUGGCUCUCAUCGCCGGCACCAUCGCCACCGGAGUGCUGGCCCUCAUCAUCUGCUCCCUCUUGGUCCUGGUCACUCUCUUCUACUGGAGGAAUAAGAACAAGUAUGAGGAGGACGAGAUUCCCAAUGAGAUCAGGGAAGAUGACCUUCCCCCGAAGAGGUCGUCAUCUGUGAAAGCGUUCCACGCCGAUGCCUCGUCCUCAGAGAAUGACACUCUUACGUCCACAAACACCUACAACAGCCGCUACUGGCACAACCCCAAAUCAAACUACGACACCAACUCCUACACCCGCUACAACGGGGACACCAGGCAAACCUUCACCGCCGGAAGCCACGGCGUGGGGGCCACCAACACAAGGCCCGCUUACACCAAUGGCAGCCACACCCUCCCCCCACCCAAGACUCUGGUGGUCACCACUAACUCCGCCCCCUCACCGCCCGUCAUGACCAGAAGUAACGGCUCCCUCAGCCUGCGACCGCCCACCGCCACGCCAGCGGUGCUUGGGCACGGACAACACACGCAUUCCUACGCCGUGAGCCAGGCCACGCUGGAGCGCAUGGGCGCUGUGCCCGUAAUGGUGCCAGCGCAGAGCAGAGCUGGCUCUCUGGUCUAA